CCAGGAUGGCUUGGUGAUGGAACACAGCAGAGAGGUCUGACAAGAUGUACCAGGUCCCACUGCCACUGGACCGGGAUGGGACCUUGUUCCGGCUCCGCCUCACCAUGGUGGCCCUGGUCACAGUCUGCUGCCCACUUGUCGCCUUCCUCUUCUGCAUCCUCUGGUCCCUGCUCUUCCACUUCAAGGAGACUACGGCUACACACUGUGGGACGCAGACUGAGCUGGACUGGUGGACUGGGGUUCCCUAAUGGAGGGAGGCACCACUUCUACAGGAUGUUCUCUGCGGCCUCCCAGCCCUUGGACCCUGAUGGGACCAUCUUCCGGCUUCGCUUCACAGCCAUGCUCUGGUGGCUCAUCACUUUCCCCGUGUUCGGCUUCUUCUUCUGCAUCAUCUGGUCCCUGGUGUUCCACUUUGAGUACACGGUGGCCACUGACUGUGGGGUGCCCAAUUACCUGCCUUCGGUGAGCUCGGCCAUCGGUGGGGAGGUGCCCCAGCGCUACGUGUGGCGCUUCUGCAUCGGCCUGCACUCAGCGCCACGCUUCUUGGUGGCCUUCGCCUACUGGAACUACUACCUCAGCUGCACCUCCCCGUGUCCUAGAUACCACCUGCUUUGCCGCCUCAACUUCAGCCUCAACAUCAUCGAGAACCUCGCGCUGCUAGUGCUCACCUAUGUCUCCUCUUCCGAGGACUUCACCAUCCACGAAAAUGCUUUCAUUGUGUUCAUCGCUGCAUCCCUCAGUCACAUGCUCCUCACCUGCAUUAUCUGGCGGCUGACCAAGAAGCACACAGUAAGUCAGGAGGAUCAGAAGUCCUACAGCUGGAAACAGCGGCUCUUCAUCAUCAACUUCGUCUCCUUCUUCACGGCGCUGGCUGUCUACUUUCGGCACAACCUGUAUUGUGAGGCUGGAGUGUACACCAUCUUUGCCAUCCUGGAGUACACUGUUGUCCUAACCAACAUGGCAUUCCACAUGACAGCCUGCUGGGACUUUGGGAACAAGGAGCUUCUCAUUACUUCCCAGCCUGAGGAAAAGCGAUUCUAAACCCUUCUCUCCUGCUGGGGAGGGGCCCACUGCCCAGAAACUGGCCUUCCCUACUUUCUGUGUUCUCUGGGCCCUACUGAAGCUGGGGGAGGGGAGGAGAAAGGAGGAAGGGCACAAGACAUGGCUUUACCCAGCCCUAUCACAUCUCCUUUUCCCCACCCCACAUGAAGGCACAGGGACCUUCAAGCAGCAUCACUCUUACGUGAGAGGCCCCAAGAAGCUGAGCUGGCAGGAGAGCUCCACCAUCUGGUGCUAAAAAAAGUCCUGAGGUUCAUAACCACCAUCCGGUUCUUGGCCUUAACAUAGCCACCUCUCGUUGAGGUCAGGGACCACUGAGCAGUGGCUGAUACCUGAAAACCACAGUCAUUCUCUUCACUUGGUCAUUCACUUGACUAAUGUGUCUAAUAAAUCUCCUCUGCACAUCCAGGCCUGCGGCCACAGUUCCCUGCCAAGGCUGCCCGGAUGGCCUAGUCCCGAUGUCAUCUCUGAUGAUGGGGGGUGGGCAGGCUGCAUGAUUUCCGAGGGCUCUGUCUGCCAGUCUGUGCUCUGUGCUUCUGAUACCAGCUGGUGGAGGUGGUGGUCUGUACCUGAAGGCUGACCUGCUCCAGAAAAAGCACUGGCACAGCAUAGAUUUCCCUUCCCUUCUGAAAUCUUGGGCUUACAGACUCUUCCUCCUUGGCAAAAGCAUGGGGUGGAGGGGUCAUAGGCACAGAUUCCUACCCCCAAACUGCCCCCCCCCCACCUCCCUACUACCCCACGCCCUGAGCUCUUGAUUGUACAUUUAUUUCAAAGGAAAAUAAAUUUUUUUUUUGGCCAAUA